GUACCAGGACGAUAUCAUAGUGAUCGGACACACACUAUAAGAGCACAAGGCAAACUUGAUAGAGGUAUUCCGGCGGCUGAAAGACGCUGUUCUGAGAUUGAACCCGGAAAAAUGCCAGUUUUUCAAGAUGGAGCUGCUUUAUUUGGGUCAUAGAGUGACUAGCGACGGGAUAGGCACGGAUCCGGAAAAGGUAGCAGCCAUCGCCGAAUUAGAGCCGCCGCCAACAGUUAGAGAACUCCGACAGUACCUGGGAGUAGCAUCAUGGUAUCGGCGAUUUGUACCUGACUUCGCAAAAAUAGUCAAACCUCUCAACGAUCUGCUGCGCAAAGGCAACAAGUGGGUGUGGACACAGGAACAUCAAUCGACGUAAUGGAGGGAGACACCUUGUACAGGAACAUUCCGCACAGAGCAGGCAGUGAGGAUGUCGCGACA